AUGGUGAAGUCUAUGGCAACACUGAGAGUAGGUGGAGUUGUAGGGGAGGUAGUAGAUGAGUUUAACCCUAGCGUAGAAAUAAAAGUUAUUUACAACACAAAGCAAGUUUCUAAUGGUCAUGAAUUUAUGCCAGCUUCUUUCUCCAUGAAACCGCGAGUCGAGAUCGGUGGCCUUGAUAUGAGGGCUGCUUACACACUUAUCAUGACAGAUCCUGAUGCUCCAGGGCCAAGUGAUCCAUACCUAAAAGAACAUCUUCACUGGAUUGUUACUGAUAUUCCUGGCACCACUGAUGCCUCAUUUGGAAAAGAAAUAGUGAGCUAUGAGAUACCAAAGCCAGUUAUCGGUAUCCAUAGGUAUGUGUUCAUUUUAUUCAAACAAAAAGGACGACAAACAGUGAUCACUUCACCACCAAAAUCAAGAGAUGGUUUCAACACCAGAAGUUUCUCUCAGGAAAAUGGUUUAGGUCUCCCUGUUGCAGCUGUUUACUUCAUUGGUCAGAGGGAAACAGCUGCUAGAAGAAGAUAACUACAACAAGAAGAAUAACAUUGAGAGAGACGGAAAGAGAGGCUUUAGUUUCUGUUUUUUUUCUCUCAAGGUUUUAUGGUUUAUUAUGGAUUCUGGUUUUGUUCCCUCACUUUGAAGCUAAGUGAACAAACUCAUUGAAGUA